CCUUUUCACUGUCAAUGUUUUGGUCCUGUAUUCUCUUUGCUUGUGUGUGUGAUAGGCCUACUACCCGCAGCAGUGAACACAGUAGCCUAGAUAUUUUUUUUUACCACAAAAUAAAGUCAAAUCUAUCCUUUGAUUUCAAGGCAGUUAGCAAAGAGCUGGAUACUCUCUCUCAUGAUUAGGGAUUCAAAUGAUUGCCGCAAUCAGACUGGUUCCGACUGCUGCCCUGAUUCUCAGGCAAUCCCCGUCUUGGUCUAGCCCGCCCCUCCGGUUGAAUGGGAUCCCUCCGCAUCAGUUCGACCAUCGGUUCUCUGCUGUGAACGUCGUCUGAAAUCGGUUAUAAUUUUUGGGUUUACUUCGAUGACGGAGUCUGUGACAUUUUGUCGUUUAUUCGAUGAACUAUUGCCCAUCUGGUAAAUAAACAAGCAUCGGCAAUACACUGGUUGGUACUCGUCAGGGUCUAGGCCAUGGGGGGAACCAAAAGCAAGCCCAAAGACGUCAGCUCGGGAGGAGGGGCUGGUAGCCUCAACUUCAGCCCUGCCCAGCACACCCUCACAUCCAAUCGGAACCCUGCAGUGGACGGGACACGCCAGCCCACUCAGCCCCUGACCAAUACCCCGGAGCUGGCCCUGUUUGGGGGUGCAGAGUCCACCAGUAGCGUCACGUCUCCUAACAGAGGGACACUUGCAGGAGGAGUGACGACGUUCGUUGCGCUGUAUGACUACGAGUCUCGCACUGCCUCUGAUCUGUCUUUCAGGAAGGGCGAGCGGCUACAGAUAGUAAACAACACGAGAAAGUUGAACAGCAGAGAAGGGGACUGGUGGCUGGCUCGAUCUCUGACUACGGGAGAAAGCGGUUACAUCCCCAGCAAUUAUGUGGCUCCCUCUGACUCCAUCCAGGCAGAAGAGUGGUAUUUUGGGAAGAUCACACGUCGCGAUUCGGAGCGGCUCUUGUUGGGUCUGGAGAACAGGAAAGGAACGUUCUUGGUGAGAGAGAGCGAGACCACCAAAGGUGCCUACUGUCUGUCAGUCUUGGACUAUGAGAACACUAAAGGGCUGAACGUGAAACAUUACAAGAUCAGGAAGCUGGACAGUGGAGGGUUCUACAUCACCUCACGCACUCAGUUUAACAACCUACAGCAGCUUGUCGCACACUACCACAAGCAUGCAGACGGACUGUGCCACUGUCUGACAGAGGUGUGUCCCGUACUGAAGCCUCAGACCCAGGGCCUAGCACGCGAUGCCUGGGAGAUCCCCAGGGACUCCCUCCGCCUCGACCUCAAACUGGGACAGGGAUGCUUCGGAGAGGUCUGGAUGGGCACGUGGAAUGGUACGACGCGGGUAGCAAUCAAGACCCUGAAGACGGGUACCAUGUCCCCCGAGGCCUUCCUCCAGGAGGCUCAGGUCAUGAAGAAGCUGAGACAUGAGAAGCUUGUCCAGCUCUAUGCUGUGGUGUCUGAAGAACCCAUCUAUAUUGUUACUGAGUACAUGGGACAAGGGAGCUUAUUGGACUUCCUGAAGGGAGAUAUGGGCAAGAUGCUCCGCCUUCCUCAGCUGGUAGACAUGGCCUCACAGAUUGCCUCAGGGAUGGCGUACGUAGAGAGGAUGAACUACGUUCACAGAGACCUCAGGGCUGCCAACAUCCUAGUGGGAGACAACAUGGUGUGUAAAGUGGCUGAUUUCGGCCUGGCCCGCCUCAUAGAAGACAACGAGUACACCGCCAGGCAGGGAGCAAAGUUCCCCAUCAAGUGGACAGCCCCUGAAGCUGCGCUGUAUGGCCGCUUCACUAUCAAGUCUGACGUCUGGUCGUUCGGGGUCUUGCUGACCGAGCUGGCCACUAAAGGCAGAGUACCAUAUCCAGGCAUGGUGAAUCGGGAGGUGUUGGACCAGGUGGAGCGUGGUUACAGGAUGCCCUGUCCAGCUGAGUGCCCUGAGUCCCUCCACGACCUCAUGUUGACCUGUUGGAGGAAGGACGCCGAGGAGCGGCCCACCUUUGAGUACCUGCAGGGCUUCCUGGAAGACUACUUCACCUCCACUGAGCCCCAGUACCAGCCUGGAGAGAACCUGUAGUGCUGUAGCAGGGCUCAGGGUGGAAGAGAGGAACAGUGCUCUGGAUACAACCACACUAACCUCUGAAGCUCUGACCUCUGUUGUGCACCUGGAACUGAACUACCAAUGGCCACACACACACUCAUUACUACCAUUAGCAUUAUUCAUUGUGAUGAUAUCAUGAUUUAGUUAUCUUAUUGAUAUCCUUCUGAUUUGAAAAGGACAGUAGGAAUCUACUGGUUAAUUUUGAGUUGUGUUCAUGCCUGUCAGUUACUGUAUGCUCCUAUUGACGUUGUGCGGUAACUCCAAACGCAUCAUCAGACAUUUGACACGAGUAGCCACCUACUGUAUGCACCACUUCAAUGCAUCUCUUUAUACACCUUUGGAGGGCUAAAUAAUCGACUGACUUCUCAUAUUCCAAUUGGUUCCUUUCUAUAAUGAGGAUGUUUGAGGAUGUUUUCUUGUUGUGGUAUGCUGGGCACUGUCUUCCAAUCUAUACCCACAGUCUGCUUGAGAAGUAACUCUGAGGGGUACUUUUUUCAGGAUAUCACUUACUGUAUGUUGUGUUUUUGAUUAAUUUAGUUAUCAAACCUGAAUAACUGGAAUAUUUGACAUUAUUAUCAGGUCACAGGCAUUUCAGGUGAAUAUUUCUCCUCUACAUUGUAGCCAUUCUUGACUAAGCAUUUAUGGUACUACUGACAGUUUGAGAAGUUGGCCGAGGUGGCGGCACUUCGACUUCGCAGAGACUUUCUAUACAUGGAACACCUCUUCAGGCACUCCUAAAGAAGAGGAGAUGAGAAUGAUUUGUUCUAUUUACAACUUUUCUAGAAGACAAAAGGCUACUGAUGAACAGUCUCCUCUCAGGACUGGGACCAUGAAUCCUGCUGCAAUGUUUUUGUGCCAAUGAUCAAAACAACUCUUUUCUACUCUCUUCUCUUGUUUAAAGUGUAUUUUUAUUACUCUUGAUUAACGUUUUAUAUCUACGAAGUUCAAUAAGCGUUUUCCUGUAAUUAUAUACUUCAAUGAUAAUCGACUUAUUUGUGAAUCAUGCUCAAACACUUGUGUACUGCAUACCUAAUAAUACCAUCCAUUUUCCAUCCAAUAUAUAAGGAAUGCAUUUUAAGUCUUUGGUUGUUCAAACAUUCAGAUUAAAACCCAGUCAAUGUUCUGCAAUGGUUUUCAGUUAUUUUCAGUAAAGGAGUAACUAUAAGACCUUUCACAAUAUAUUCUUUGAAAAGUGUUAUCAGUGCAGCUGCUGGUCAUUUUGGAGGUAAUUAAUGUGGUUUUGUUUUCAUUGAACGAUGGAGAGAUGAUUCUGAAGAUAUGAGGACUGAGCUUUCCAGUGGCUUGGGAAGCUGAAUUGGCAUGUUGAAUAUCCACGGUCAUUGGGAAAUUGUACAUAAAUAUCCUCAUUGCUAAUAUUUUUGUAUAUAUCCUGUUGGUAAUUUAUUAAUUUUUAAAGAUACUUUUGGUUUGUCUUGUCUAUUUUCAGCAUCAUUCUACCACUGGCCAUCAUGUCUAUGGUACAUCUUUUGGUGAAGAAAGUGGUGUAUUUUCUUUAUAUAAUUACAUCCUUAUUUGUUCCACUUUUAUCUUUAUACGUUGUUCAUAUUGUGUCCAUCUAUCUGUAAAACGAAGCUCUGUGGUACUCUGCAAUCAAAAAAAUAAACAAUGACUCGUAUUGAAAACAAUCUCUUCAUCUUGUCAGAAUAAGAGAAGACCUUUUUAUAUAACCUAUAAAGGUGUCUCUGAUUAUAUUUUUGCUAUCAAAAACUGUAGUCAAAUCUCAAUUGCUCAACUGCUAUCAAAACUGAAUCAUACAGUUGGGGCCAAAUAUAUUGGCACCCUUGCACUUUUCUUAACUUAUUCCCUAUUUCUUCCUAAAUAAGUUUAAAUUGAAAAAAAGAUUGGUCUUCACAGCUUGUUAUUGGAUUUUCAGCAUUGCAGAACCCAUUUAAUUUUGGCAAACUUAAGUUUACAAUUUUAAUUUAGAAAAUAAAGAAAAAUGGUAUUGACAAAAUUGUCACCCAGCUCGUACUUGGUUGCACAGCCAUUGCCAACAAAGGGUUCUUGUCAUUUGCUGCAUCUAUCUACUGGCAAUUUGGCCCACUUUUCAACAGCAAACCGCUCUAAUUCUUUAAUGUUUGAUGUGGGUGCCCUCCACCAACUGAUGAUUUCAGCUUUUGCAGUAGGUUAUGGAUGCGAUUCAGAUUUGGACUCUUGACUAACCACUCCAGGGCAGUCCAGCGUUUCUUCUUGGUGCUUUUUAUCUGUGUUUGUUGUGGUUGUCAUACUGGAUGACCCACAUCAUUUAUCAGAGACAGUUUUUUGAACAUUGCACUCCAAAACACCUUGAUUUCAUGAUGUCUUGCACACUUUCAAGUCCCCCAGUACACAAUCCCACAGUAUGAUUAAACCUUCCCAUAUAAUUGAUAUUAGGGAGUUUUUUUUCUUUGAAUGCUUAACUUGGACAUUGGUAAAUAUAGAAAGACCCCACUGCUGAAAGAGAAAAGAAAGCCCUAUUAAGCAAAAAUCCACCUAAAAGACCAUAAAUCCUGGGGGAAAUGUUAUGUGGACCAAUGAAACAAAAUCUGAGCUCUUUGGCACGAGAGAUUAUCAGGUGGGUUUUUUUUUGUUCCACGUUCAACCCAUUGUCCAAAAACUGGGUCUCCAUUGAAAGUUCUGGGUCUUCCCAGCAGGACAACAACCCCAAACACCCACAUCACAAAGCAUCCAGGAAUGGAUAAGAAGGGAUGCUGAACUGUUCUGGAGUGGCCAGCGAAGAAGAGUCCAGAUCUGAAACAUAAAAAACCUAUGGCAAAAUCUGAAAACAGCAUUUGUUUGAGGGCACCCCUCAAAUAUUGAAGAAUUACAGCAGGUUGCUGCUGAAAAGUGGGCCAAAUUGCCAGUUGAAAGGUGCAGCAAGCUCAUUGGUGGCUACAAGAAGUGUUUGUCUGCAGUUAUAUUGGCCAAAGGCUGUGCAACCCAGUAAUAGCUAUGGGUGACAAUUUAGUCGAUGCCAUUUGUCUUUAUUCAAUUAAAUUGUAAACUUAAGUUUACAAAAAUAUAAUUGGUUCUGCAAUAUUGAGUUAGUGGUUACUAAAUGUUUCAUUUAAAAAAAUUGAGAAGAAAUGGGGAAAUAUUUAAGAGAGGUGCAAGGGUGCCAAUAUAUUUGGCAACAACUGUACAUUUACAUGUCGACAUCUAUUUCUAAGGACAUUGAUGGGGAGGCUGGUUUGCGAACUGUUCCUCUGUUAUUGUUACAAUGAAUGACAGUGUUUUUAUAGAAGACAUCUGAUGUACUAUGGUACAGCAUAGUGUAUAUCUAACUGUGGAUUGAAGACUUACAUUAUAAAUGCAACCUUUUUUAUUUAGGUAAGACCAACUCCUGAAGAAUGCCAACAUUUCAUAAACCACUAUAAAUGCCUACAAUGUUUUUCCUCAGACAUGAAUUAUUAAUCUUCUAUAAGUAUGCUAUUAUUAAUAUGACUUGUUAUUUUAUGUCCUGUGAACAUAUGGAGCAGCAGAUUGACUAGGCUGUUGUCUUAAUCCUAAUGUAAUCCCUAUUGUUCCAUCAUCUUGAAAAACCAAGGACAUGUCUCCAUUGGGUUCUUUGGGUCUUUCUCCUCAACCUAUGCAGUUUUGGGAUUUGUGAUAUUCCUGUGUAUAUUCUUUUUUACUGCAUUCAGUGGAACAUUUUAGAAUUUCAGGCAAUGUUUUUUCUUUUGUCUAAAUACUACUGUACAUUGUUUAAAAUUCAAAUGGCAAUGUUGGAAUAAAAUGUUUAAAUUGCCAACUGUAAUCUGUCACGUUGUAAUUUGUUGAAAACGCAAUAAAUUAUGGUUCUUAUAUUGAUGGUAA